CCUGGACCUGACUGUCCCAUUCUAAAGCUUUUCUGACAGCCACAGUUGGUGCCUAAACCUGAAAGAAUGGCUUCAGAUGGAGCAUCUCCAUUGCCAGGACCUGAUAUGACCAUGAAACCUGGUGCCACCCUGUCUCCUUUUACUGCACUUCCCUUUCCCUCAUCUACUCCUGGCCCACCAGACCAACCACCCUGGGAGCCACCUCCACAGGCCCCCAUGCCUCCAGCAUUCUCUCCAGGCAACCCACUUGUGCUCUCUGCUUUCCCCAGCCCAUUGUUGGUGACAGGGGAUGGGGGCCCUUGCCCUAGUGGAGCUGGGGCUGGCAAGGUCAUUGUCAAAGUUAAGACAGAAGGAGGACCAGCUGAGCCCUCUCAAACUCAGAACUUUUUCCUUACUCAGACGGCCCUCAAUUGGAUUGCCUCAGGUGCUCCCUGCGGGGGUCCUGAGGAUCCUCCACCUCUAUUUGUGACAGCCUCUAACAUGAAGACCAUUUUGCCCACAAAGGCUGUUGGGACCCCCCCUCAGGUUUCACCACCAGUUGCCCAACUGGCCCCUAUUGUGCCUUUGGAAAAGGCUUGGCCAGGACUACAUGGCACCACCGGGGAAGGAGGCCUUGCAGCCAUCCAAUCGAAGCCCUCACUGGGUGACCUCUCCUAUACUUCCAAGGGUGUUUAUGAGAACUUCCGUCGCUGGCAGCGUUACAAAGCUUUGGCCCGGAGGCAUUUCCCCCAAAGUCCUGAUGCAGAAGCUCUUUCUUGCUUUCUUAUCCCAGUGCUUCGUUCCCUGGCCCGACUGAAGCCUACCAUGACCCUGGAGGAGGGACUGCCGAGGGCUGUGCAGGAGUGGGAGCGAACCAGCAACUUUGACCGGAUGAUCUUUUAUGAGAUGGCAGAAAAGUUCAUGGAGUUUGAGGCUGAGGAGGAGAUGCAGCUUCAGAAUUCACAGCUAACCAAUGGGUCUCAGGGCCUGUCUCCUGCAGCCUCUUUGAAACUUGAUCCUCCAGGGCCCCUGACCCCUGAGGUUUGCCAGCAGUCAGUGUACAUUCCAAAGAAGGCAGCCUCCAAGGCACGGGCUCCCCGCAGGCGUCAGCGCAAACCCCAGAGGCCUCCAGUUCCUGAGGCCCCCAAGGAGAUCCCACCAGAAGCUGUGAAGGAGUAUGCUGACAUCAUGGAAGGGCUGGUGGGGAGUCACUCGGCCACUGGGGAGCCAGAAGGAAAGCAGGAAGAGGAAGAAGAGCAGCAGCAGGAGGAGGAAGGAAUGUACCCAGACUCAGGUCUCCUAAGCUACAUCGAAGACCUGUGUUCUCAGGAGAUCUUUGUCUCCAAGGUGGAGGCCGUCAUUCACCCUCAAUUUCUGGCAGAUCUGCUGUCCCCAGAACAACAGAGGGAUCCCUUGGCCUUAAUUGAAGAGCUGGAACAAGAAGAAGGACUUACUCUUGCCCAACUAGUCCAGAAGCGACUCCUGGCCUUGGAAGAGGAGGAGGAUGCGGAGGCACCUCCAAGUUGCAGUGGAGCUCAAUCCGACUCAAGUCCUUCUGUUUCUGAUGAGGACGAAGAUGGGGGUGGGCGGCUUCGGCCCUUGCCUGGGCCUCGGGGGCCUGGGGGCACUGUUCGCCUGGGAAAGGCUUCUUCUCUGGGAAAACGGGCAAGAGAAGUGCACAGUGGGCGGGAGCGAGCCCUAGAUGGCCCGAGGGGGUUGCGCACAGAUGGGAACACUUUGCCACCCCCCAGGAGCUGGGACCUGCCACUAGACCGUGCAACUCCUCAGGGAACUCAGGGACCCUUGGGUAUGGAGAGAAGAGGGUCUGGGAAGGUUAUAAACCAGAUAUCUUCAUAUCAGGAUAGUCACCUGGGAGGUGCUGGGUCCCCUGGGCUGUGCCUGGGAGUUGAUGGAACUUCGGAUGCUCUGCCCCUUUCCUGGCAGGAAGACUCUCAGUGUGAGAGAACUCCCAGCUUGGAUGCUGGACUUGCAGAGCCAGCUGGACUGCAAGGACAGGGGCUAGAAAGUCAGGUCCUGGGGCUGCCAACAGGACAAAAGAUGGGGGGUCUUGGAGUGCUUCCUCAAGGGCAGGAGCCUUUAGCAGUGCCCCAGGAAGACGGUUCAGGAGCAGCAUGGGGAGAUGGCAAUGGUCUUCCCAUGGCUCCAAGUUACAAUCAGAACCCUUCCCCUAGAGCAGCUGGGGACAGGGAUGGCUCCUCUCUCAGCCCAGAACUUUGGCUGAGCAGUGAGAUGGAUGGUGUAAACUUGGAAUUGCCAAUACAGAUUGAAGAGGUCCUAGAGAGUUUCCAAGAUGGGAAACGUGUAACUGAGCCCGAGGGAGGCUGCCAGGCACUGGGUUCCAGAAAUAACAUUACUCCAGGUCCUGGAGAAACCAUAGCCCCUGGGGAUGAGGAGAGCAGCGUGAAUUCCUAUGGAAGCACAGAUGCCAUAGCUGCCCUAGAAAAGAGAAACUACUGCACCUUGCCAGGUCCUCAAAGGGCAAACAGCCCAGACCUGAGCCCUAAAGAAAACAGAGAACAAAGUCCUGAGACCUUACGGGAUCCCAGUGAUCUGUGGGCUAAAGGUUGCUCCCCAUUGCUGGAAAGUAGAACUGGGGCCUCCACACUGGGAUCUUCUAAAGAAACCCUCCUGCCUCUUGUCCAAGGUGAUCUCCUUAUCCUGGGGACCCAGGAUGGUUCUCCCUUCCCUGAGGCUAGCCAAGAGGCAGAGAGCAGGGGCACCUCCUUUUCUCCUCUGGUGGCAACAGAACACAGCAGCACACUAGAUGUUAGAGAUGAUCGUGGACUCCAGCUAGGGGUCAGCGAGGAUACUUGCCUGCCAAAUUUUAAUUCUUAUGACCUUCAAGGAGAGGGCAGGGAGGAUGCUGAUCUUUCCAAGCCUAAAGAUAAUGUUCCUUUAGAUGGGCGUCAAGAGUCUUAUGCACUUGAAACCCCCAAAACAAUAUCUUCUCACCAGGACCAGGGGAGCACUUUCCCUACACAGGAAACCAAGGAUGCCUUAGUUCUGAGAGAAAACCCUCCUGUUAGUGAGAUAUGUAGCUCAGCAGAUGGGGCCAAGGAAGAGGAGAAGCAGGAGGAAGAGGACGAGGAAGAUGAGGAACUCUCCAACUUUGCCUACCUCUUGGCAUCUAAACUUAGCCUGUCCCCAAAGCAGCUUCCUCUCGGUACCCACCUCCUCUGUCCUGAGGCAAGAGGCCUCAGCCAACCUCCAUAUCCUGUUGUCAAGUCUGGGAAGCGAGUUCUAGCUAAAGGUCUGGCCCCUGCUGAAAAGAAAUCCCACUCAGGAGUUCAACUCGGGGUCUCUGGGGAGAAAACCCUGGCUCUGGGAGUGGUUCGGCCCUCACAGCCUCGUAAAAGGCGGCGUGACAGUUUUGUCACAGGCAGAAGGAAGAAACGACGUCGUAGCCAGUAG